AUGUCUAUUUAUGACAGCGCGCCGAUCGAGAACACUCUGGAGGUGACGGAGCUGGCGGUGCUGGGGCCGGACCUGUUCACCAACACGCGGCAGCCGUGGCUCCCGCACGGGGCGCGCGGGAUCUACGGCGGCGCGGUGAUAGCGCAGAGCCUGGCGUCGGCGCAGAAGACGGUGCCAGAGGGCUUCCUGCCGCACUCGUGCCACUGCUACUUCCUGCUCGCCGGGUCCGCGUCGGUGCCGAUCCUGUUCCACGUGGAGCGGGUGCGCGACGGGCGGUCAUUCGCGACGCGCACGGUGCAGGCGCGGCAGAGGGGCCGAUGCAUCUUCACGACGACCAUCAGCUUCGCGCGCGACGAAGGCGAGUCCGACGACGACGAGUCCAACGACGAGGGCGGCAAAGCCGGGAGGCAGGUGGUACGCCACGCGGCGCCGAUGCCGGAAGGGGUGGCGGCCACGCGUCCCCCCGACGACCUGGUCGACGGGCUGUCGGGCGGCGGGCCGGUGCAGAACACGGACGUCGAGGUGGUCCGCCGGGACGACGACGCGGCCUGCCCGCACGAGCGCGUGAGCAGGACCUGGAUGCGCGCCAGGGGCAAGAUCAGCCCCGAGGGCGGGAUCCAGGCCCACCUCAACGCGCUGGCGUACAUGUCGGACAGCUACUUCAUCGGGACGGUGUCGCGCGCCCACCGGCUGUGGAGGUUCAUCGCCGUGCCGGCCGAGGCGUCGGGCAGCCUGACGGACAGCGAGGGCCGUCUGCUGCGCAGGGAGAUGCGGAAGGAGGGCAUGGGCGACGACCCGGUCAGGUGGCAGGGCAGGCCGGCCGUCGGCAUGAUCGUCAGCCUCGACCACAGCAUCUACUUCCACGAGCCGAGGCGGGUCAUGGCCGACCAGUGGAUGUUUUGCGAGAUGGAGACGCCCUGGUCCGGCCAGCAGAGGGGAGUGGUCAGCCAGAGGAUCUUUGCUGCGGACGGGACGCUGCUGGCCAGCUGUUAUCAGGAGGGCGUUAUCCGACUUAGGCAGGAUGGAAAGGAGAAGAGCGCCAAGCUGUAA